CGGGUUACACUGUGUACCGGGAAAUUAGAAUCUAUCCGGCACAGAACGUUACAUUGUAUCCAGAGCCAACUGCAACCAGCAACUCUCAUCAUGGACCUCAUACUGGCUCUCCUGCUCCUCGCGCUGGGUCUCUCCUCUGGUUCAGACAUUGUACGAGUCGCGGUGGGUUCAGACCUAUCUCUGUGCGGGAUGACGUGCGUCACGGGGGGAUACGCUAUCCUUGAUUGUUCCCCGAAACCCGAACCGAUCCUGGAAUACAACUGUGAUCUCCGUUAUUGGAAGGCAUUUAGUAAUUACCGAAACAGGGUUGAUUUCGAUGAAUCCAGGAGAUGCGCAAUAAUAAGAAGUGUUCAGAGCAGUGACACAGGUCGAUAUAUGUGGGUACUGAUUGAUACAGACCGUAAAGAAACUGUGUAUAAUUCUACGAGAUGCAGAAUUAUGGAUAAAGUCUCCAUCACCAGCCUUAGCUCCAGUCUCAGUAAUUCGGGGCUGACCACAUCUCUGCGAGUUCAGUUUACUGGGGGGAUGGACACAGUCACCUGGACCCGAGAUGGAGGAGACCUGCCCGAGGUCCACCAGCUGAGUGAAUUUAAUGACACCCUCACUGUACGGAGCACGGACUACGGGACAUACAGAGUGACUGUUACUAACUCAGUGAGUGAGGACCACGCUCAGCUCACACUCACAGUGUCUGCUACAACUAAACCAGCUCCUGUUUCAAGAAGAUUACGAAUCGUCAGCACCGCGACUAUCAUGGCUGCUGCUAUCUGUGCUGGGCUCCUGGGGGUAAUUAUUAAACUGAUGAUGCAGAGAAGAUCCAGAUAUUAA